GUUGAUCCUUUGUUCUUUAUGGGAGAUUUGAACCCAUUUGCCUAACACAUUGCAUCCUUUUGGGUGAUUCUAUGUUUUUCACUCCCUUGCAUCACAGAUCUUCAAGGAUUCCAUGUUCAUCCUUUACACAUUUUCCCGUACUUCCAUAUAAAGAUGGAAAAUCAGGAAUCCUAUGAGGAUUUGCAGGCUAAGCUUGCCGAUUAUCGUAAUAAGUUACAAUUGAUACAAGAGGCAUUGCAACAAACUCCUGGUGAUGAUGAGCUCAAGGCCUUGGAAUCAGAUCUUAAGGAAGUCAUCCAGCUUACGCAGGAUCUGAUCCAAUACAAGAAACAAAAUGAGCAGGGUGACAUAUUCCCAUCCAGUGGUAUUGCAUCACCUCAACCUGCUGAUGCUACUUCGGAUAUUGGUGGCAACGAUAGCUUUUUAGGCCGUAUAUGCGUGGUCCUCUACAACGGAAAGCGCAAGUAUGGUGAGAUCAUCCAGGUAAUGGGCAAUUUGCCUAGUGACCAGGUUAUCAUACAACUGGUUGGUACUGGUGAGCAGUGCAGUCUGGCUGCCAAGGACCUGAAGUUGAUAGAUCCUCCAUCUAGUGAGGAGUGUAAAGUCGGUUCCUUGGUACAGGUUCUAUAUGCUGAUGAUGGGCGGUGGUAUGAUGCCGUUGUCAACAGGGAGACUGAGACUGGCUACGUCAUCACUUAUAAGGAUUACAACAUCUCGGAGGAAGUUCGCCGUGAUUGGGUUCGUAUGCGGUUACGUGCUGACGCUAAGGCUAAAGAGGUCAAGGAGAUCAUAACUCCCGCUGGUUACAAGAUUCCUGAAAACCUGAUUAUUAAACAGGGUGACAGUGAGAAGGAAAAGCUACGCAAGAAGAAGCUUGUUCAAACAUUGAAGAAGCAGCAAAAGGCAGAACGUGUGGAAUCGGAGGCUAGUCAACGUGCUAAUAGUUGGCGGAAGUUUCAGCAGAAGGCUGGUGCCAAGAAUAAAAGUGGAUACAUGACUGGCAAGCGGGAAGGUUCGAUUUUCAGCAGCACGGAUGAAUCCACUGAGCGAUUAGCUCCUAACAUUUUACACAACUCAUUCAUCCCUCGGAAGAAGUUUGAUUUUAAUGAACGCUUCUAGCCACACAGUCACACACUAGACACUUGUUAAUAUACAUCGCAUUA